UCCCGCCCCGCGGCCCGCCCCGCUCCGCCCGCCGCUCGACAUGGCCGCCGCGCUGGGGAGGCUGCUCCGCGCCGCGGUGCCCGUGGCUGCCGCCGCCGGGAGGAGGGGGACGGCACGGCCCCUGGCCUGCACCUGCCGCCCCUUCAGCCUCGGCUCCUCGCGGUUCGCCGCGGCGGUGACCCAGCACGCCCCGUCCUUCAAGGGAACGGCCGUGGUUAACGGGGAGUUCAAGGAGCUGAGCCUAAAUGAUUUCAAGGGGAAAUACCUGGUUCUCUUCUUCUACCCCCUGGACUUCACCUUUGUCUGCCCCACGGAAAUUGUGGCUUUCAGCAACAAAGCAAAUGAAUUUCGUGACGUGAACUGUGAAGUGGUGGCUGUUUCAGUGGACUCUCAUUUUACUCAUCUGGCCUGGAUAAACACACCACGGAAGAGCGGCGGUUUGGGCAAAAUGAAUAUUCCAAUUCUGUCGGACCUCACGAAACAGAUCUCCCGUGAUUAUGGGGUGCUGCUGGAAGGACCUGGCAUAGCACUGAGAGGUCUGUUCAUCAUUGACCCAAACGGGGUCAUCAAGCACCUGAGUGUUAACGACCUGCCCGUGGGGCGCAGCGUGGAGGAGACGCUGCGCCUGGUGAAGGCUUUCCAGUUUGUGGAGACACACGGAGAGGUGUGCCCGGCUAACUGGACUCCAGACUCCCCAACGAUCAAACCAAGCCCAGAAGGUUCCAAAGAAUAUUUUGAAAAAGUGCAUAAAUAAACACUCAAAUAUAUGGACAAAACUCUUACUUUUGUCCACUGAAGACAUUAGGAAAACAGCUGUGAUUGUAAAAAUUAAUAAUAAAAAUAAAAUUUCUCAUUUUCUCGUGUUUAAGAAGAAAUUAAAUGCUGAGAUAUUUACUGACUCCCUUGUCUUGCUUUAAAAAGGGUAAAACUAAGGCUUUCCCCCUGUCUUCUGCAACUUCAGUUUCAUGGAUUUCUGUGACCAUUAAUCUUCCUGAAUGUGAUAAAUACUCAAGUUACAAUUGCCUUCCACUGGCUUUUCCCUUUAACUCAUUUUGGACCAGAAAAUGUCCUGCAUUUAAUUUUCUCACACAACAUAAAAUUCUGUCAAAAAAAAAAUUUGAAGAAAUAAAAGGAUAGAAUUUUGAUACAUGGUUUGUUUUUAAUGAAUUUUACAGAGGAAGAGAUGAAUGUAACAAGUGAAAAUAAUUUAAAAAUCAUUAGUUUUGUGUGUAAAUGCACUAAACCAUGGAAUGAAUGUAAAUAUGUGCCAUUUCAAGAAAAAAAAAAAGAUGCAGUGCAGCUACUCAGGAGCACUAACAAGCAUGACCAUUACUUUGGUUUGGUAGAUGGUAAAAACUUGAACCCCACAGUGCACUUACUGCAGUUUAAUGGCAAGUUUCCUUUCACUUGAAUUUGCUUGACUCUUGUACUGCUUCAAACUGAUGUAGCAUCGCUCUAGCUAUAAUAAAAUAAUCUUAACGUGGCCUAGCA